AUGAACGCUCUCGUUGCAACCAACCGUAACUUCCUUCGCGCAUCUCGAAUCCUCGGUUUGGAUUCCAAACUCGAAAAGAGUCUUCUUAUUCCUUACAGAGAAAUCAAGGUCGAAUGCACCAUUCCAAAAGAUGACGGAAGUUUGGUUUCAUACAUUGGUUUUAGGAUCCAACAUGACAAUGCUCGCGGUCCUAUGAAGGGAGGAAUUCGUUACCAUCCUGAGGUUGACCCGGAUGAAGUGAAUGCUCUAGCUCAGUUAAUGACAUGGAAGACAGCUGUUGCAGACAUACCCUAUGGUGGAGCAAAGGGAGGAAUUGGCUGUAACCCGAAGGAUCUGAGCAUCAGUGAGUUGGAACGUCUCACUCGUGUUUUCACUCAAAAAAUUCAUGAUCUCAUUGGCACUCAUAGAGAUGUUCCUGCCCCUGAUAUGGGAACCAAUGCUCAGACAAUGGCUUGGAUGCUUGAUGAGUAUUCUAAGUUUCAUGGUCAUUCACCGGCAGUGGUGACCGGCAAGCCUAUUGAUCUUGGAGGUUCGUUGGGAAGAGAGGCCGCCACUGGACUAGGAGUGGUUUUUGGAACGGAGGCUCUAUUUGCUGAAUAUGGGAAAUCAAUUUCUGAUAUGAAAUUCGCCAUCCAGGGGUUUGGAAAUGUGGGCACUUGGGCUGCAAAGUCAAUUUUUGAGAGAGGUGGUAAGGUGGUAGCAGUGAGUGACAUCAGUGGUGCUAUUUGUAAUCCAAACGGGAUUGAUAUUGCGGCUCUUCUGAAACACAAGGCAGACAAUGCAAGUUUGGUGGAUUUCUCGGGAGCAGAUGCUAUGGAUCCAAAGGACUUGCUCACCCAUGACUGUGAUGUUCUCAUCCCAUGUGCUUUGGGAGGUGUUCUCAACAAGGAAAAUGCUGAUGAUGUGAGAGCAAAGUUUAUCAUAGAAGCUGCAAAUCAUCCAACUGACCCCGAUGCUGAUGAGAUUCUGUCUAAGAAAGGAGUUAUUAUAUUACCCGACAUUUAUGCGAAUGCUGGUGGAGUGACUGUAAGCUAUUUCGAAUGGGUCCAGAAUAUUCAAGGAUUUAUGUGGGAUGAAGAUAAAGUUAACCUUGAGCUAAAAAGGUAUAUGACUAGAGCUUUCAAGAACAUAAAAGGAAUGUGUAAAACUCACGACUGCGACUUGCGAAUGGGAGCUUUCACUCUUGGACUCAACCGUGUCGCUCGCUCUACACUUUUGAGAGGUUGGGAAGCUUAG